AUGGCCACCACACUUCCUCCCAAAAAUGACAAACCAUUUGGCAUUUCUCAGAUCCGUGCCUACAUCCCUAUCGUCCUUGACAUGGAUAAACUCAACUACGAUACCUGGAGAGAGUUGUUCGAAACUCAUUGUUUCACUUUUGGCGUCUCGGGCCACCUCGAUGGCUCCUCACCACAACCCUCAACCGAUCCAGCAUCGUGGAAGGAACAUGAUGGCCUUGUCAAGAUGUGGAUUUACGGAACCAUUUCCGAAUCCAUUCUUGACACUGUCCUCAAAACCAAAUGCACGGCCCGUGAUUUGUGGUUGUCCAUCGAGAACCUGUUCCGUGACAACAAGGAAGCACGUGCUCUGCAGCUUGACAAUGAGUUACGCAAUCUCUCAGUUGGCGAUCUCUCCAUUCACGAGUACUGUAAGAAACUCAAGACCCUCUCCGACCUCCUUGCCAACGUGGACUCCCCUGUCCCUGAACGGAUCCUUGUUAUGCAUAUGCUUAAUGGCCUCAAUGACAAGUUUGAUUCCAUCAUCAAUGUGAUCAAACACAAAAGCCCCUUCCCCUCCUUCUCCACUGCUCGAUCCAUGCUGAUCAUGGAGGAAGAACGCCUCAAGAAGCUGAUCCGCCCUAAUCCCUCCAAUCCGCAUCAUCAAUCCGCCUCUGACGUGCUCUACACGGCAUCUGAUUCACCACAACGCUACAAUAGCAACAGCAACAAUAACAACCGUGGCGGGCGUGGCAGAGGACGUGGCGGACGGUUCAACAACAACAACAAUCGCUCCCGCGGUGGUCGUUACAACAACAAUGGCAACAACUCGUGGUCCACUCCACCACCUCUACCAUCUUGGCCGUACAGCGCUCCGUAUCCGUAUCCGUACGGGUAUCCUCCCCACCCAUCUCCACAACACAACUACUACCAUGGACCGUCCUACGCAUCGUUGCCACAACACCAUCAGCCUCAACUUCACCACUCCGGCAGCCUCCUUGGACCACCUCCUAGACAACAUGGCGAGUCACAUCUUACCCAAUCGGUGUCCUCUACUCCUCCUAGCGAUCAGAUCCCCACUGCUCUCUCUCAUGCGUUCAACACAAUGAGCCUGCAGGACCCAUUUGAUCCAGCCUGGGUUAUGGACACUGGUGCCACCAGCCAUGUCACGCAGCAGCAAGGUAAUCUACGUUCUACCUUUAAUUUGAGUCCUCUUCCUCUGAUUAAGGUUGGCAAUGGUGCUUUAGCUCCUGUUACUAAAAUGGGUCUUGGUAGUAUCCCUUCCUCCUCUCGUCCUCUAUCUUUACACAAUGUUCUUGUUUGUCCCUCUAUUAUCAAAAACUUGAUUUCGGUACGACGGUUUGUCACUGAUAAUAAUUGUACCGUUGAAUUUGACCCUUUUGGUUUCUCUGUUAAGGACCUUCCAACCCGACUUCCCCUGCUCCGGUGCAAUAGUUCUGGUCCUCUCUAUCCGGUGACACAACCCGCCGGUCACACUAUGCCACUUGCACUCACCUCCGGCGCAAUUUGGCACAAGCGAUUGGGUCACCUUCAUGAUGCCUCUCUUCGUCGUUUAGCUUCCUCGUCUUCUUUUAUUUCUAGUAAUAAGGAUUCCACAUUGUGUCAUGCUUGCCAACUCGGCAAACAUACACGACUUCCUUUUGUUUCUUCUACUUCUAGUGUUUCCUCUGCUUUUGAUUUAAUUCACUCUGAUUUAUGGACCUCACCUGUUUCAAAAAAAGUGACGUGUUUAGCAGAUAUUUACAUUUUUCCGCAUAUGUCAAAACCCAAUUUCGUUGCUCCAUCAAAGCUCUCCAAUGUGACAAUGGUGGGGAGUUUACCAACCGGGCCAUGCUCGAUUUCUUGGCGUCUGAAGGCACCAUAA